AUGGCGACGUGAACAUUAUAUAAAUCAUAAGACUGGGAUGUAUUGUGGGUUAUCGAAACAUGUGAUUGUGCAUAUCAGAUUACAUUCAGUUUCAACCACGGCUGUUUGUGCUCGGUAUGUGAUCUGUCCUCCGAUUGUCUAUUGUUCUGAUUACUGUACCGCGAAACAUGGACAUCAAGAUAGCUAUACUUGUGGUUUUAUGUCUUCAUUGCACAGUGGCUGAUUACAAAAGAUACCGGGACUUCAUACUAAGUCAGGCCAACAAUGUAACACUCAACAGACUGUUUGCUGAACACGCCCAGAAAUACCGAACCUCAGCCAAUCAGGUACCCAACUUUCCUUGCUCUACGUACUCCUUAAAACGAGGAGCGGUAACAGUUCAUAAUUUGGCCCCUGAAGACAUCAGCGUGGUGGCUGGCGUUGGCGAUUCUAUUACGGCUGGCACGGGGAUACAGGCGAAGACCAUCAUCGGCCUCCUCACGGAGUACCGCGGACUCUCUUGGAGCAUCGGCGGGGACGAAAAUGUAGAGGAUUACGUCACACUGGCCAAUAUCAUUAAGAAGUACAACCCUGACGUGAAGGGCUUCUCCCUGGGAAAGGGCGACGUAAACAGUGACAAUGCCCACCUGAACGUCGCAAACCCAGGGGACCAGGCCAGGGACAUGCCCGCUCAAGCCAAUUUGCUGGUGGAACGAAUGAAAACUGAACCUGGGGUAGAUUUUGAAAAUGACUGGAAGCUCAUCACUCUUUUCAUUGGCGGAAAUGACCUUUGUGACUACUGUGACGACAAGGAAACCUUUAGUACAGCUAACUUUAUCGCAUACGUGACGGAGGCUUUGGACAUACUUCACAAGAACAUUCCCAGAGCUUUUGUCAACGUGGUGGAGACGCUUAAUAUUGCAGACAUCAGUGUUUUAAACGAGGGCCUCAUCUGCGAUACAAUUCACUUUUUUCUUUGUCGUUGUGGAACUUUUCCCUCGGAGACAGAGAGAGAGGAAAUGCGGGCUGCCGUAAGGUCGUAUCAGCAAGGUGUUCGUGAUCUCGUCAGCUCGGGUAGGUACGACACAAGAGAUGAUUUUACGGUCGUUGCUCAACCUUUCUUCGAGGAUACAGAAAUUCCUAGAAUGGCCGACACCAGUGAAGCAGAUCUGAGUUAUUUCGCCCCGGAUUGUUUCCAUUUGAGUGAGAAAGGCCACAAGGCGGCCGCAGAAGCUUUAUGGAACAACAUGGUUGAGCCAGUGGGACAGAAGCGGCUAAAGUGGACGCCCGAGGAGCCCGUGGAAUGCCCCUCCCAGGAUCAUCCUUAUUUCUACACCAGCAAGAACAGCGGGGAUUCGUCAAAACGUUCCAAGUCAGGGUUUGGUUCUUCGGCUUCCGACAGCACAGAGUCCGGGAAUACCGACACUUCCUCUUCACAAACAACCGGUCUCGUUAUAGGGGCGUGUGUAGCUGUGGUGGGCAUAGUCUGUGCCGCCAUCUUUGUUGGAAACCAGCAAGCAGGAGGUGGGGGAGGCGGACAGGGGGAGAAGAAGGAUGACAAGGAAAGAAAGAAGAAGUAUGAACCCCCAGUUCCAACUAGAGUUGGUAAGAAGAAGAAGAAGAUGAAGGGACCAGACACAGCCAGUAAACUACCACAAGUAACACCCCACACACGAUGCAGACUCAAACUUCUGAAGUUGGAAAGGAUCAAAGAUUACUUAUUAAUGGAAGAAGAAUUCAUCCGAAAUCAGGAGAGACUCAAACCUCAAGAGGAAAAGCAUGAGGAAGAGAGAACUAAGGUGGAUGAAUUGAGAGGGUCGCCGAUGUCCGUGGGCACUCUGGAGGAAAUAAUAGAUGAUAAUCACGCUAUUGUGUCCACAUCUGUCGGCAGUGAACACUAUGUGAGCAUCCUGUCCUUUGUAGACAAAGACCAGUUGGAACCAGGAUGUUCCGUGCUCCUCAAUCAUAAGGUACAUGCGGUGGUGGGAGUUUUGGGAGAUGACACAGAUCCUAUGGUAACUGUGAUGAAGCUAGAGAAGGCUCCUCAGGAAACGUAUGCAGACAUUGGAGGACUCGAUCAGCAGAUUCAGGAAAUCAAGGAAUCAGUGGAACUUCCUCUCACACAUCCUGAGUAUUAUGAGGAAAUGGGAAUCAAACCUCCCAAAGGUGUCAUUUUAUAUGGGCCCCCCGGAACAGGUAAAACCCUUUUGGCCAAGGCUGUAGCCAAUCAGACAUCAGCCACAUUUUUACGUGUAGUGGGAUCAGAACUCAUUCAGAAGUAUCUGGGUGAUGGCCCUAAGCUUGUUCGAGAAUUAUUCAGAGUUGCAGAAGAACAUGCUCCUUCCAUUGUCUUUAUUGAUGAAAUAGAUGCAGUGGGAACAAAACGGUAUGAUUCAAAUUCUGGAGGUGAGAGGGAGAUUCAAAGAACCAUGUUGGAACUUUUGAAUCAACUAGAUGGCUUUGAUUCCAGAGGAGAUGUAAAGGUGGUUAUGGCAACCAACAGAAUUGAAACCCUUGACCCUGCUCUGAUCCGUCCAGGAAGAAUUGAUCGGAAGAUUGAAUUCCCUCUUCCUGAUGAGAAGACAAAGAGGAGAAUCUUCACCAUCCAUACAAACCGCAUGACAUUAGCGGAGGAUGUCAAUAUUGAUGACUAUGUUAUGGCAAAAGAUGACCUGUCUGGUGCUGACAUCAAGGCCAUAUGUACAGAGGCAGGACUUCUAGCUCUUAGAGAACGAAGAAUGAAAGUGACAAAUGAAGAUUUUAAAUCCGCCAAAGAAAAUGUGUUGUACAGAAAGAAUGAGGGAACUCCUGAAGGACUCUACUUGUAAAAACUUUCCACAUAAAUGUUGAUUUUCAGAUGCUGAACAGAGAAUAUAGAUAACUCUGUACAAGUACCUGUAUUGUGUUAUUAAAAUAUAUGUCUGAUCAA